GGGGAGGGGGAAAGAAGGGAAAGGAAGGAGGAGGAGGAGAAAAGUUUGAAAGAAAAAGAGAGACGUUCCAGUGGCCGGCUUGGUAGAAAGGGAAGAAGUGGAGGCUGAAAGAGGAGGCAGAAAACGGCGCAAAGUCUGCGUGUGCGGGGAUUUUACUGCUGCCGGGGAGCCGCUGGGCACGCGCCAGCUCCUGUGAGCGUAGUCGGGCGGAUUAGAUGAGUCUGACUUCACGAUGAGGAGCGACCCCGUUCUGUUCACUUCCAGCAGGGCGAUGGAGGAGCUGGUGUGUGAGCUUCGUCUGUUCCUGGACCUGCUGGACAGGGAGUAUCUAAGCGCGGGGGUCCGAGAAAAGAAGAUGCACCUCUCCAACAUCCUCCACAGAGUCCUAUCCGACAAAGAGCCUUCAUUCAAGUCAGAGAUCCACAGUGGUCUACCAGCGCCACCUCAGAUGCCCCUCCCUGAGAUCCCUCAUCCCUGGCUGCCUCCAAACAACGGCCCUCCUCCACUGCCCAGUUCCUCUCUUCCAGAAGGCUACUAUGAGGAAGCGGUUCCUUUAAGUCCUGGAAAGGCUCCUGAAUACAUCACCUCCAACUAUGACUCAGAUGCCAUGAGCAGCUCAUAUGAGUCCUACGACGAGGAAGAGGAGGAUGGGAAGGGCCAGAAGAUGCAUCACCAGUGGCCAUCUGAGGAGGCAUCCAUGGAUCUGGUGAAGGACGCCCGGAUCUGUGCAUUCCUGCUGCGAAAGAAACGCUUUGGCCAGUGGACCAAACUCCUCUGUGUCAUCAAAGAUAACAAACUGCUGUGUUACAAGUCCUCCAAAGACCACACUCCCCAGAUGGAGCUGACACUGUCUGGGUGCAGUAUUACUCACAUCCCCAAAGAUGGCAAGAAGAAGAAGCAUGAACUGAAGAUCGUCCACCAGGGGGCGGACGCCCUGGUGCUGGCUGUGCAGAGCAAAGAACAGGCUGAAGAAUGGCUCAAGGUGAUGCGAGAGGUGUGUGUUAAUGGAAGUGUAGACUUGGAUGGAGCUGGAUCGGGAUCGCCUGUGCAUAAACCUGAACUGGAAAAGAAGGCAUCGUGUGACAGGCCGAGCUCUGAUGGAGAGGCGACCCACGAGAACGGACACAGUGACUGCAAGGACCAGGGAAAAGGAAAGAAGAACUCAAAGUCAGAGCACAAGACGGGGACAGUGGGGAAGGGUGCAGGGAAGAAGAUCACGAAGAUCAUUGGGCUGGGUAAGAAGAAGCCAUCCACAGAUGAGCAAACCUCGUCGGCAGAAGAAGAUGUACCAACAUGUGGCUACCUGAACGUGUUGUCCAAUAACCGCUGGCGGGAGCGCUGGUGCCGCCUGAAAGACAAUCAGCUGCUCCUCCAUAAGGACAGGGAUGACCUGAAGAGCCACAUCGCCUCUCUGCCCCUCCGUGGCUGCGAGGUCAGUCCCGGCCUCGACCACAAACAUCCCUUUGCCUUCCGCCUCCUUCGUAACGGCCAAGAAGUGGCUGUACUGGAGGCUUCCUCCUCUGAGGAGAUGGGUCGCUGGUUGGGGGUGUUACUUGCCGAGACUGGCUCCACCACUGACCCAGCCACCUUGCACUAUGACUACAUUGAUGUCGAGACCACCGCUAACGUCAUCCAGCUGGCCAAGCAGUCUUUCUGUUUCACCAGUAAGCGUGCUGUUUCCCCUAACCCAUACCUGGACAACCCAGUCAACGGUUACGCCUGCCCCACUGGAAUGGCUCUGCACUAUGAUGAUGUGCCCAUUAACGGAAUGGACUCAGAGGCGCUGUACUCCAGUCCCAGCACAGGGGGCCAUCAACUGAAAGAGGAGGUGCACUAUGAGAACACUGAACUCUAUGAGAAGAUGCCCUCACCCAAGCUGUUUGCUCGCUAUCCUCCCAAGCCUUCCUCUUCUUCUACUUCAUCUUCCUCCACCUCUAGCACUCACUACAAAACCCCUGUUUCUAAAGUCUCUUCUAAGUUCCUCUCUGCUGAUACUAACUCCAAUCAGCUGAAGGGAAAGAAGGGCACAGUGACCAAUGGAAUGGCAUCAAAACAGAAGGCGGAGCCAAAGAACCAGUCCAAGAAGAAUGGGACUAAUGGGACAGCCUGUCUGAAACGCAACAACUCCAAUGCGGAGCAGUGCAAGUAUGGCAAGAACCGUGUGGAGGCCGACGCCAAACGGCUGCAGGCCAAGGAAGAAGAGCUGAUGAAGAAGAAGCAGGAGAUCAGGACUCAUCUGACCCAUCUGAAGAAGGAGAGGAGAGACCUGCGCACUGCUGUGGAGGCUGCUGCUGGCAAACGUUCGCAUGGCUCCCUGUCAGAGCGACUGAAGAAGGUGGAGGAGGACUGCCGGCAGAAGGAAGAGGAGAGGGUUAACCUGGAGCUGGAGCUGACAGAGGUGAAGGAGAGCCUGAAGAAGGCCCUGAGCGGAGGGGUCACCCUGGGCCUCACCAUCGAACCAAAAGCUGGCUCCUCUGGCCUCCAGUCACCGGCGAUGUUGCGGCGGACACAGGAGUCUUCUCCCUUCUCCAGCUGCGACACCAGUGACACAGAGUCCUGCUCCCUGCCAGUCAACAGCGCUUCACUGCUCCGUCGGCAGCAGGGCAGUCAGAAGGCCUCACCAGUUCGGGGACACGUCCUCAGGAAGGCCAAGGAAUGGGAGCAGAAGAAUGGCACAUAAACCGCUCAACCCCUCACAUCAGUCCUACUUUAAUUUCUUUUUUUUCUUUUUAAGAAAUUGUCUAUAUAUUUAUUUAAAACUGUUCAUACAGUCAUUGAGUGUGGAGGAGGACACAAUCAUAGCAUUCAGAUGAACCAAAACAAGUGGCUGGUUUUAGUGUACUGUAAGUACCACAGCAUACAGCAUUUUAAAAUUGUUAUACUAUUGAGCAUGCUUAGUGUACUAAGUUGUGCAACUUGUGUUGUCCGCUGUACUUUCUUUAGUCUCACCAGUUCACCAGUCUUUUUUUUUCUUUUUCUUUUCACUCAAAAUCUGUUCCAGCAGUUUGGGUUCAAAAUUGUCAAAAGUCAAAACCAAGUAUUUAUUUGUAAAUGUUUAAAGGAAAUACUAGCUUCCCUUUGUUUAUUUAUGUUGAUAUAUUUAAAGGUUUUUUGUUUUUUUUGUUUGUAGAAUUUGUGGCACUCCACACAAUCCCAUUUCCUACACCGUUAAUUGUUCUCAUUUAUGGGUGUCAGCAUCAGCAAACCAAGUGCACCAUUUAGGGUCACAAUAAUCAUAACACACACCAGCUGAGUAACAAUGCAGCUCCACUAUAAGGGGUAUUUCAAGAAGCAGAAUUAUUCUCAAUAUUAUCCAAAUAACCCUAAAAACACACUAAAAUAAUGAAAUGCUGACCUUUUUAUAGUUUGGUCAGUACUUUUACACACAGACAGUAAUAACCAUAGUUUGCAUAGUUUGGAGUGUUUGUAGGAAUUUUGCCAUUUUUCCAACCUAUCCACAGUCAGACUAAUUGACAGAUACAUUUUUAUGUACCUGAGCUGUGUGCAAUUUGAAUAUUGGUGGGUGAUGGUGACUCCCCUGUUUAUUGUGUUUAUUUUCUGUUUCCUUGUGAAAUGCUGAAAUGCGGUGUAUUAUAUGUGUGUAUUCUGGAGUACUCUUGGCUUUGGAGAAGAUAAAACUACCUUUGAGAAAAGCCCAUAGUUUAUCCCAUAGACAUCCAACAUACAUUCCAAGUGCAACUGCAUGCACUGACAUAAGUAAGGCAUCUGUGAGUUCAUCUGUAUAUGGGUAAAAUUGAGAAUCAGCCCAAACCCUAAACCUCUAAAUAUAUCCAUAGCUUUACUGUCCUCUUACAUUUAAACCCAUUUACAUUUACUUUCUGCCUUACUCCUUUAGUAGUACUAUAGUAAAACAUCAAGGAAAAGUACAUCAGUCUGUCACAAAGAACAUAAACUUUAAAUCUGAGGCUGGAUGAGCUGUUCAAGUGAAUGGCUGAAAAGCUUCUUCCACUUCCAUCAGACAGUACCCCCUUAUGUCCAUUGGUGUGUGUCAUCAUUAGCACCCAAAAGCAACACUCAAAUGAACCCAAAGAAAUAGCCCAGAUUUUCUGGCCUCUACUGCUGUCUAACUACGUGGAAAGGUCUGGUUUUAUUUUUCCCAUUUUUGAGAUAUUUGAUUAAGAUGAUUUUCUUUGUGGUGCUCACAAUAUUGAAAAAUUACGUUUUAAAAAAUUUUAACAUCAAUAUGUCUUUCCACAAACCAUUAGUAGAAUAACUGGCCAGAUACCACUAGGUAAAAAAUGUUUUAUGUGAACCCUCCUAA